CUGGAAUAAAAUAAACAACUGGACAAAAGGGCAAAAAGCAACGCAUACAGCCAGUGUUGGUUAAUGAGCCGAUUGGCACUGCAAAAAUGACACACUCCCUGCAAAAAUGCCCUCUCUCUGUGGAGUGGAGUGGAGUGGAGUGAGUGAGUGUGUGAGUGGGUGGAUGGGUGGUGAGAAUUUUCCCACUGGCUUGGGUGUGGCUUUUCUGAGCAAUGCUUCCAUUUGUCAGUGGCCCUGAAUCAAGCUUAGCUUUACUUUGCAUACAGCCAGAGUUGACGAGCCUGGGGAAGAUCUAGUAGGGGGGGGGGGGAGGUUAAACCAGCAGGAAUGUGCUGGAAUGAGGACCGAGGAAAGAGUUGUAGCAGCAGCAUCAGCGUCAGCAAAAGGAGCAAAAGUAGCAAAAGAAGAAGCAGAAGAAGAAGCAGAAGAAGAAACAAAAGGACAGCGCAAGAAGAAGAAGAAGGAAGAAGGAAGAAAUAUCCGGGUGGAUUGUUGCAACUGAGUUGGCCAUGGUGGAGUGGGAGAGAUGGGGCACUCGCACUCGGAGAGUCACUAACUGGUCACUGGGGUGGUGGAGAAACCGAGGACGGAGCGGGGCGAGAGAGAUGGGAGGAGGUCGUGUUCUGGAACAGCCUACACAGGGAACCUUUUGAGUUCGGGGCCAAUUGGAACUGGACACCGUCGAACGCAUAGGACCAGGUGGCAAGAUCUCACCGUUACGCGAUUCUCAACUCAGGGGGUUGCCCCCCCCCCCCCCCCCCC